AAAGGCAGAGAGGAGCCGUUUCCUCUCGGUUUUGAUUCUGCCUCACGCAGCGCUGCUCUAUCAUCUUUUGCAUCCUGCACGCGAAAGGCGUGUCUCCUCUAAAGCUUUUUCUCGUUUUUAUAACCACCAAUCCAGAUUGAAUUUGGGGACUGGGUGAAGGACGCAACUCACGCUGCACGGCGGCUGCAUGGAGUCCAUCUCAGCUGCAAGGAUGAUGCAGUGAUAAGGGACACGGCUUCUUUUCCGCCGUAUCGCACCCAGCCGGCAUCGUCAGCUGUUGCUCUUGAGGAGAGUGAAAGAGUGGAGAGCAACAGAAAGGCCGAACUAUGCCCCUGAGUUGCAAUCGGUAACCGUUUUUUCCAGCCCUAAGUCCACCGGGGAGCGGAUGCGAGCAGCAGGGGUUGUUAACGAACCUCAAAGUAUUUUCUACCCUUUGUUGGUGCCGGUGGAGCUGAGCCAAUGGAGAAAGCUACUCAGCCGCCCCAGCCCCAGCUCCAACUGUCGAUAGCCAAAACUGAAAGUCCGGCAGAGGACAUAUCCGGUCUGACCGACGAGGAGCUGCUCAAAUGGACCAAGGAGGACCUGGUGCGCCGGCUGAGGCGGUCUGAGGCCGACAAGAUGAGCGUGAUUCUGGACCACGGGAAUCUCAUCCGGGAGGUCAAUCGCAGCCUCCAGCUGCACUUAAACGAGAUCAGGGGGCUGAAGGACAUCAACCAGAAGCUGCAGGAGGACAAUCGCGAACUGCGGGACUUGUGCUGCUUCUUAGACGACGACCGCCAAAAAGGAAAACGCGUGUCCAGGGAAUGGCAGCGCCUUGGACGUUACAGCGCCAGCAUCAUGCGCAAAGAGGUGACCCUCUACCUUCAGAAGCUUAAGGAGCUCGAGCUUCGGCAAGACGAGGUGAUCCGGGAGAACCUGGAGCUGAAGGAGCUCUGCCUUCUGCUGGACGAAGAGAAGGGGGUGGUGGGCGGAGGGGGGAGCGUGGGGGGCGGCGGAGGUGGGGGGAGUACAGGGAUGGGAGGCUGCCGUAACUCCAUAGACAGCCAGAACAGUUUGCUACUGGUGCCGGGGCAAGGUCUGCUCAUGAGAGACGUGGGAGAUGGAAGCAGCACCUCGAGUGCCGGUAGCGCCGACAGCUCCGAUCACCCCCACCUCAAGCAGACUCUCCUCGCUUCGGUAGUGGGUGGUGUUGGCGGUGGCGGGGAGAAAGGGAGCCCCGAACUGGUCCACAAACCGCGGUGUAGCAGCAUCAGCGGUAUCGCGGGAGGAAGUGGAGGAGACAGGGAGGUGUCGAGUCCCGAGCACCCGGCCGGGCGCCACCGAAGCACAAGCCUGGAGUACCCGUACACCCUGCCCCAGCUCUGCCGCCCCCGCUGUGGCUCCAUAUCCGUUCCCGACCACAGCCGGGUGAUACGGGGUCUGAGCCCCGAGAAGUACGGGAGAAACAUCGGCCGGCGCAGUCCCGAGCAGCAUCCCAAGCACCACAGCUCGGAUCUCCUCCUGGGCCAGAGGCAGCACUUCCUGAGCCAGGGGGGCAGCGGGGAGCUCUACCAGAGGCACCAGAGGAGCAGCAUCAGCGGGACGGGCUGCGGGAGUCCCGAGUCCCGGCACGCACAUUUAGGGACCGCCGACCACCACGAAAAGGUCUGCAUGGUCCAGGGUAGCAGCCCCGAAACUCACAGGCACCAGUACAGUAUGAGCCCUGACCAUGUGAAGUUCAGCAGUCCAGUGAGAGACGGGCAGAGGAGGCCAGCCGGAGAUGACCUCUCACCUCAUCAUCGGAGCAUCUAUAAUGGCGUGAAUGGUAGGCAUGCGUUGGGGUUUAUGACUGUUUUUGUGGGACUGGUUGUGUUUUCAUGUCGUCAAGUCACUUGA